AUGGGAGAGGAAAAGAAGACUGGGCAUGGCGAGCGCGUCGGCACUAGGGAGAUGUUCCACGCCUACACGAAAGGGGCUCAGGGGAACUAUGACGGGACACUGCAGGGGGAAAAGAUUGAGCCUUCUGCUCCACCCACUGCCAUUUUGAAAUUUCCCUUCAGAAACAAUCAAAAGGUCACCACAUCUUUUAUCUCACAGUUUUUCAGAAACAUUUUUUUCAGUUUAUCCAAUCAGCUGCAGAAGAGUUUUGUCUGCUUUGUUUGUGCCAGGGCCAUCAUACGGAAGUUGGUCCAGGGCCAUCAGAGAGUAAGUACUGUAAACUCUCUCAACUGGCGCCUUCUUGAGAAACCACAGACCUCAGACUGGACCACCAAGUGGAGACUCCUGACCACAGCCGCUGGUGGACAGAUAAGCUUUGCCUGUUUGCUGAUCAACAGCAGAGAUUGCGGCCGUUCCUCUGACCUUUGUAAAAGGAGAAAAGAUCCUCCCCACGCCGACCCACAACCUCCAGGCUUCCCAGCAACCCUCAGUCGCCAAGCUGCUCUCCAAAGGCAGAAGGGUGCAAAGGGAUGCAGAGGGCCUCUGAUGAACCGGGGGUCUCCUGUUCUUGGGAACAGAUGGUGUUAUAAUCAACAGGAGAGCUUGGUGGAGGCCACUCUUCAAUUCUCACAGGAACAGCAGAGGCCGCCUGAAAUAUUCCUGGCAACAUUGAAGAAAUGCCCUUCCAGGAGCAGUGAGAAGCAAGACAGCAGGGGUGUCGCCAAUGUCAGACUGCAUUAUUGUCAGGCCUGAAACACCUCAGACAACCUGACAUAGAUUGACUGUGUGAAACUGAGUUGAGUUGUCAUGAGACAACAAGGUGAUUCCAGCGGCCCGCUUCCACUUAUGUUAUUCUCCAGAAGGAAAUCACAUAAUAGACUGAGAGGAGAAUAGGCACACACAUGAGAAUGGGUUUGAUUGAUGCCCUGAUAGAGGUUAUUGUUAUUUUUUUACAUACUGAAUUCAUGUGGGGAUAAUUUUGCACCAUUUUUGCAUCAUUGCAUUGUUGAAGGACAUCUCUCUUGACAAAUGUUCUCCUUCAAGUCCUUUA